AAUGAAUUCAACACUCAGCAAUAGUAGACUUUACGAAAGAGAAAGUUCUCUUUUUCCUAGGAUUUUAUCCAGAUCUCUCCCUUGUCCAGAAGUGCCAUUCUAUCAAACUGAACCAGUCCAGAGUCCUAAAGAGUACGUCUGGUGAGCCAUCUACCAAGAUAUGCCUGUUCAAGAACCUCAGAUACAGCAAGAAGAGAUCUAUUGUUAUAACUUAGAAGAUUUUUGACUCUGUGACAAACUAGCACUUCAGAAGCACUCCUUUGAAGUGAGAAGUUUGCCUAGUCCUACUGGGAUAAAAGAAAUUUCAGCUUUUGGAAUUCCAAGCAACUCCGCCAAUUACUUAGGAGUUCAGCAGAUAUCUCAAACACAGUCUCAAGUGCAUCUAUUUUCUCAAGAAAUGCAGGGCAGAAAUGGGCACCUGUUUUCACCUUUUUGGGUAAGAGCCCAGUACAAAUCUCGCAAAGACGUGGUUUACAAGGCAAUCUUUCGAAGGAUGAGGAAAUUCUUCACAGAAGAUUUCCAGACUACCAUGGGCAAGAAAUCGAUAAAGUCCAGGUACUUGCAAAAGGUAAAGGAGUACUGAAGGAUCAGGUUCCCUAAUUCUGAUAACGAAGCUGUUUCUACCAUAUUCAACUGAAUUAUUAACUCAAGAGAAAGACUAGGCAAGAUUAGAGAAAGAGAUCAGUUAUUGAAGACCAAAGUGGCAGAUCUUGUCUAUAUGUUCAGUGAGAGAAGACUUAAGAUGAUGGAAGACCACCCUGAAUUUUUCGAUAUCUUGCUCUAUUUUCUCAACCAGCCAAACACAGUUAAUUUGAUAUCAGAUGAAGGAUCAGAAGAAUAUUUUCAAAAGUUAAGGAUACAUUUGGGGCUACUCAUGAGAAGUGCAACUCAUAGAAGAGUAUUCAUUGAUAUGUAA